AUGUUGAAAGAUGAAAACGAUGUUGCCCUCGGAAAUGCAACUGACAGUGAAGUGGAAGAAUCAAAUUCUGUGCAAGAUGAAGACGAAGUGGACUAUAUUGAAUGCAAUGAAUCAAUAAUUCUAGAGAACACAGCAGCUACCGUUUCUUCUUCAAUCUCCGUUGUCACUUCACCGAAUGUAGCAAUAACGGCUAGUAUCAGGAGUCCUGGCAAUGAAAAGAAAGAACAAAAGUUACAGAAUACUCAAACUGUAAUAGAUUUACUUCAAGAUGAUGAUGAUGAUGAUGAAGAUCAGAUUGCUUUAACUCAACGAAUUUCUAUACAAAGAAAAGCACAAUUAGAACUAUCUGAGGAAGAAAGUGAUGAGGAUUUAUCUGAACCAGAGGUGAACAGUGAUGAAGAGGAAGAUAGUGAUGAAGAUUACAAGAAAAGAAAAACAACAACAAAACGUAAAUCUACUACGACGAUAUCUAAACGAAAAGCAGUAACCAGACAACAGGUAGCUCGUUCUAAAACUACUACAACAACAAUUUGCUCAUCUCAGUUAUUAUCCACAACGAAUCGUAAACGUCAACGUACAUCAUCAUUAAAAAAUUAUGCGUCAACAAUAAAAAAAACACGCUCAUCUUCAUGUACCAAACGUAAAAUUCGUCGUACCGCUGCAUCAAAUUGUAUCAAUUAUCAUGAAAGUUCAGACGAUGAAGAUAGUGAUUCAUACUCGCAACAGCACCAGCAGCAAGCCCAUAAUUUCAAUAAAGACGAUGAUUCAACUGGUUCAAACGAGGAUCAUUAUAAACGGAAACAUUCUUCAUCUUCUCAUAGUGAUUUAAUAACAAAUACGUCCCAACGUCAAACAAAAGUUCGUAGUCCAGAAAAUCUAAUAUUAUCCGGUAGCGAUACUGCUUUGUUGGAUGAAUCACAAUCAGAGACAAUUGAAAAAGUAUUAAAAGUGAGAUUAGGAAAAAAAGGUGAAACAGGUCCAUCGACUACUGUGUAUAAUACAGAUGAAUGUGGAAUGAAUCAAGAAUACAAUGAACAGGUACAAAUUGAAAGUGAUGAAGAGCAAUAUUUAAUUAAAUGGAAAAAUUGGUCAUAUUUACAUAAUACAUGGGAGUCAAGAUUAAGCUUGGAACAAGCACAUGUGAAAGGUUUGAAAGUAGUGGAUAACUAUGUAAAAUUGUAUGAACAAACUCAAAACUGGCGAAACACCACAGCAAAUAUUGAAGAAAUUGAAUCGUACGAAUGUGAACAAGAACAAAAUGAGCAAUCACUUGUUCGUUAUCAACAAGUCGAACGAAUUAUAGCACAUGAGAAAAAUCGAAAAGAUGAUACAACAAUGUUGGAUAGUUACGAUUAUCUUUGUAAAUGGGAUUUACUCCCCUAUAGUGAAUGUACAUGGGAAGAUGGAACAUUGAUAUUAGAACGUUUUCCAUUAAAAAUCGACGAAUAUAAUCAACGACAGCAUACACAAGUAGAAGAAAAUAAAACAACAACAUCAUCAAACAGAAUCAGAACGAGACCGAGAUUUAUUCAAAUACAACAACAACCAACCUAUUUAGUACCAAAUAGUAAAGAUCAAGAGUUCAAACUUAGAGAUUAUCAAUUAGAAGGUUUAAAUUGGUUAGUACAUUCAUGGUCAAAAUCAAAUUCAGUCAUAUUAGCCGAUGAAAUGGGAUUGGGUAAAACAAUUCAGACAAUUUCGUUUUUAUCUUAUAUAUUCAAAGAACAUCAUGUUCAUGGGCCGUUUUUAAUUGUUGUUCCCUUGUCUACCAUUCAAGGAUGGCAACAAGAAUUUCUACGAUGGUCACCAUCAGAAAUGAAUACUAUCGUUUAUAUCGGUGAUAUGUUAUCGCGUGAAAAAAUACGUCAAUAUGAAUUUUAUUCGACAGGAAAAAAUCUCAAAUUUCAUACUCUUAUAACUACAUAUGAUUUUUUACUCAAAGAUAAACAAUUUUUAAAUUCGAUACAAUGGGCCAUUUUAAUGGUUGAUGAAGCACAUCGAUUAAAAAAUGAUGACAGUGUACUCUAUCGAACAUUAAUACAAUUUAAUUCACAACAUAGAAUAUUAAUUACAGGUACUCCAUUGCAAAAUUCUCUUAAAGAAUUAUGGUCAUUAUUAUAUUUUAUCAUGCCACACUAUUUUGAUGAUUGGACAAAAUUUGAUCUGAAAUAUUCUUCAUUGUUAUCAACAAACAAUACAAAUCUUGUUCAACGAUCAACAGAACUUCAUAAAGAAUUGGAACCAUUUUUAUUACGACGAAUAAAACGAGAUGUUGAAAAAUCUCUACCAGCUAAAGUUGAACAAAUUUUACGUGUAGAAAUGACACGUGUACAAAAACAAUAUUAUAAAUGGAUUUUAACAAAAAAUUAUCGAGCUUUGACAAAUGAAAGAGGUGGUGCACUACCAUCAUUUAUCAAUAUUAUGAUGGAAUUGAAAAAAUGUGCUAAUCAUGCUUUCUUUGUUAAACGAAACGAUGAAGAUACAGUAACACUUGAUGAAAUAAUCAAAGGUAGUGGAAAAUUACUACUAUUGGAUAAAUUAUUAAUAAAACUACGUGAGAGUAAUCAUCGUGUAUUAAUAUUUUCUCAAAUGGUAAAAAUGUUAAAUAUUCUCGCCGAAUAUUGUGCAUUAAGAAGAUUUCCAUUUCAGAGAUUAGAUGGGUCAAUGACAAGUGAAAUUCGUCGACAAGCAUUGAAUAAUUUUAAUCGUGAAAAUAGUGGAGAUUUUAUAUUUUUACUUUCAACAAGAGCCGGUGGUUUGGGUAUUAAUUUAGCAACAGCUGAUACUGUAAUUAUUUAUGAUAGUGAUUGGAAUCCACAAAAUGAUCUUCAAGCUCAAGCACGUGCUCAUCGUAUUGGUCAAACAAAACAAGUGAAUAUUUAUCGUUUAGUUGCUAAACAAAGUGUUGAAGAAACUAUAAUUGAACGAGCAAAACAAAAAAUGGUUUUAGAUCAUUUAGUUAUUCAAAGAAUGGAUACAACAGGACGAAAAUUAUUUCAAAAUUUAAAUCAAAAUUUAACAAUAGAUACUACAGAAAAUACAAAAACCUAUUCAAAAGAAGAACUUAAUGCUAUUAUUAAAUUUGGUGCAGAAGAUUUAUUCAAAGAAAAAGAUAAUAAUCUUGAUACAGGUGAAGAUGAAUCACAAAAAAUGGAUAUUGAUGAAAUAUUACAACGAGCUGAAAUGAGACAAGAUGACACGUAUAUGAGAAAUUCGAGUGAAGAUUUAUUAUCACAAUUUAAAAUAGCUAAUAUUUCUACAAUAGAAGAUGAAGAUGAUGUAACUACUAAAAUAUCAACAUCAAAAAGUUGGCACGAUAUUAUACCCGAAGAAGAUCGUUUAAAAUAUGAACAAAAAUGCUUGGAUGAAUUAUUAAUUUUUCAACCUCGUAAUCGAAAACGUGUAGAAAAAAACAAUCAAAGUAUAGAUAAAACUGUUGAAAAUGAUCAAGAUGAAAUGUCAGUAACAUCACCUUUAACAUUAACAAAAGAUAAUUUCAUACAUAAUUUUAAUUCAAAUGAAAUUCGACGAUUUAUUAAAAGUUUUAAGAAAUUUCCAGAUGCUUUGAAUCGUCUCGAUAUUGUGACUAUGGAUGCUGAGUUAGAAGAAAAAUCACGUAAACAUAUUGAACAAUUAGCUCAAAAAUUAUAUCAGGAAUGUACAAUAGCGAUAAAACAAGAUGUAACGACACCAUCGACAAAUACAGAUAUUGAGCAAGAUGAUGCACCGAAAAAAUCUUGUUCAUCUCGUAGUCUAACAAUUCGUAUUCAAGGUGUGAAUAUUAAUGCUCUACAAAUAAUCAAUUCUAUUCGCGAUUUGGAACCUUUGAAGAAAUUAAUAACAAACACGAAUACACAAUCAAAACGUAAAACAUUUUCGUUUCCAUCAUUAAAUGUUAAACCGGUUCAUUGGAAUUGUCCAUGGUCAGCAGACGAUGAUAAAUCUCUACUUUACGGAAUCUAUGAACAUGGUUAUAGUAAUUGGGAACAAAUUAAAAUGGAUCCCGAGUUGAGUUUGAGUUCAAAAAUUUUACUUAAUGAUAAAAAUCGUAAACCACAAUCAAGCCAUUUGCAAACACGCGCUGACUACCUGUUGAAACUAUUAAAAAAAUAUUUUGAUCUAAUUGAAACAAAAAAAAAGACGUUAACAACAAAAAAACUAAAACUAUCAUCAUCUAUGGCAGAUGAAAAUAGAAAUGAUACAGGAAAACGACAAAAACAAACGAUAAAAGGUAAAAAAGAACAUAUACUAAAAUCACGAGAGAUAAUUGAUAAUUCGAGUGAAGAUGAUAAUAAACCUACGACAAGAAAUAAAAAUCGUAAAUUAUUACAUCACAAUCAUAAACAUCAGCAACGUCAUCAUAGUAAAAGUGAAGAACAAAAUGAAUUACAAUCUAUUUCGAAUAAGACUAAAGAUGUACAAUUGGGAAUAAAGAAUAAAGAAAUAAAAAUUGAAGAUGAACGUGUUGAUAAUAGUGUAAAUGAUUCAAUUGAAUAUGCAGGACUUGAAAAGAAUGUUUUUAAACAGUGUAAAGAAUUAUUGCGUCCAGUUAAACAAUGGUUUGGUAGUUUGGAUUCGCCAGAAGAAGCAUUUGAUUCCUAUGACGAUUAUAUCAACGAUUUUGAAAAAUGUUUACUAAAAAUUGGUGAUCAAAUACAACUGGCAUUGAAACAACAACACAACGAAAAAGAAUAUCAUAAACAUCGUCAAAAUUUAUGGACAUUUGUCUCAAAAUUUACAUCAAAAUUGACAGCAGACGACUUAAGAAAACGUUAUCGAACAGCAUUAACAAAACGAGAAGAAAAUCCACCACCAAAAACUGUACCAGCAUCAACGACAACUUCUGCAACUGGACUAUCAACUACAAUAAGCACAACAACUUCUAAAUUGAAUUUAACAAAAAAUUCUGUAAAUAAUAAUCUUCGCUCUGUAAAACAAAACGAAACAUAUCGACGUGCUGGUUGGUGUUCAAAACAAGAAUUAUCAUCCACAUGUUCUCCGUCCACUGCUUCAUCAUCAUCACAAUCUCUUCGAGUUUCCCGUACAAAAAUGUACUCAAAUAAUCAUUCAAAAGAUCCAAGAUUGAAACAUACUGUUAGUGCACCACUACCGCUGCCACCAUCACUUGCUCAUACUUCUUCUAUGCAAACAAUCAUUGGAUCAACAAAUGCAGGCACGACAAAUACUUCUGAAGGCUCCCGGUCAUUACCAAAUAUUUAUAACAGUGAAAGUAACAAUAGUAUUAGUAAUGAGAGACGAGAUAGUCGAUCAAAUACAUCAUUUGGCACAAGAUUUCAUAAUGGUAAUAUUGACUCUUUAUCAUCAUCGGAUUAUAGAUUUCACCGAGAUAAAAAUAGUGAUAGAAAAGAUAAUCGUGAUGUGAAACAAUACAAUGGUCAGUCUCAGUGUAACACUGGUAAUCUUUUAAAUAAAUCAGCUAGUUAUCCAUACGAACAACGUUCAAAUUCUUACGGAAAUUCAAAUUUAAGAGGACAAACAUCUACCCCAUCCACAAAUACAAUUUCAUCAUUAUCAUCCGUUUCUAUGCCUCUUAUUCAACCACCGAAUUCAUUUCUCUACAAUACUACAGCAUCCGAUGUGUUUCAAACAACGUAUAAUCAAUACCAUGAUCUCUAUUCGACACAAGCAUUCAUACCUCCCACAUUCAUUAAACAGGAUCAGACAAUGUGUUUAACAACUGCAAUGAUGUCACCGUCGUCUAUACCAACAACUAUGUAA